GAGAGAGAGAGAGAGGGAGAGAGGGAGUCUCACAGGGUCGUGGAUCAAAUAUAAAUAUAUCCAGCGCUGGUGACUCAAGUUCUUGGACUCUAAUUUCCACCUCCAGCAUUCCUCGAAUUCUUGUUUCCCCCUUCACCACCAUGCGACAAGUGCUGCUGCCGCCGCUACUGCUGCUGCUCUUAGGGCUCGAGGCAUCCGCCUCAGCCUGGGGGCCCCGGAAAUUCACCACUCUAGUCACCUUUGGGGAUAGCUACACCGACGAUACGCGAUUUGCGUACUUUUACACACACAAUGACUCCGCUCCUCCGGUGGGAUGGGUUGAACCAGACGCCAACAUCUCCGCCUCGGGCGGCCCAACCUGGCCGCACUACGUCUCGACCUUCCACGAGGCCACCAAAAACCGGUACAACUACGCCGUCGCGGGCGCCACCUGCUCCAACGAUAUCGUCGCGCGCGCCUACGACCCCACGGCGGGCUACCUGUUCCCCUCCGUGCUGGACUACGAGGUGCCCGCCUUCACCGCAGACGCCGCUUACACCGACCCUAACACCAAUCAAAGGUUCCUGGACAUCCCCGCCGACGAAACCGUCUACGCCAUCUGGAUCGGCACCAACGACCUGGGGAACAAUGCGUUCCUCACGGACUCGCAGCUGAACAACGCCACGCUUGUGGAUUAUCUGGACUGUGUGUAUAGUGCGUUGGAUGGGGUGUAUAACGCUACCACCACCACCGGGAAAUCGACGCAGACGGAGAGGGGCGCCAGCAGUGGCAGCAGAGCAGCGAAGUACUUCGUGAUCAUGAAUGUGGUGCCGUUGCAGCUGGCGCCGCUGUAUGCGACCCCCGAAAACGGCGGGGUCGGGCCGAAUAAUUACUGGACGGAUAAGCCGGCGAAUCUGACGGAGAUCAGUGGCCGCAUGGAGGGCCAGGUCGUCUUGGUGAAUGAGGCGUUUCGAUAUCGGACGCCCGUCGAGGUGUUGGUGAAGAAGCGGUGGCCCGGGGUGCAGGUGGCCGUUUUCGAUGUUUAUUCUUUGAUCUCGGAGAUCUAUUACAACCCCACCCAGUAUCUGAACGGGACUGCGCCGGCGAAUGUCACCGGGUUCGAGUAUCAUUGUAAUAUCAAUGGGACAGACUGUACCAAGUCGGACAGCCCGGAUUCGUUCCUGUGGUUUGAUCAGCUGCAUCCGUCGGCGCGGACGGAUCAGAUCAUCGCGGAGGAGUUUAUCAAGGUGGUGAGCGGGGAGAGCCGGUUUGCCGAGUACUGGUCGUGAAAGGGGGUGAAUCGGGUGGAAUCUAUGUUGUUUAGAUGUGAUAAUGAGGAAUGAG